UCUCCACCGAUUUAGUCGCUGUCUGGAUGAACAUCAAUAUCUCUAAGCUUCCUUCGUCAACAAGUGUGUGUGUGGCUUUGUGUCUGUUGUAACUGGUCUUAAUCAAGCCCACCAUGGCCUCUGAUUCCGAGGAUGGAGACUUGAAUCUCUUUGCAGAGCCCGAAGGUUUCUAUCAACCCGAAAAGAGUGCCACAUAUGCCCCUUAUACCAUGCUUUCUGGACAGGAGCUGCAAGUGCGUCUAGUUGGACACAAUCCGCUUUGGGGUCACCUCCUCUGGAAUGGCGGCCGUACUCUCUCAAAAUAUUUCGAGCACAACAUCCCAACGAUAAAAGGAAAGACAGUCCUUGAACUGGGCGCUGGCGGUGGACUCCCAAGCCUCAUUUGUGCCAUCUCUGGAGCUAGUCAAAUCGUCGUGACCGACUACCCUGAUGCCGACCUUAUCGACAACCUCCGCCACAACAUUACUAAUUGCAGCUUAUUACCUAGCACGUCAAAUAUUCAUGCUGAGGGCUAUCUUUGGGGAGCAGAUGUUGAUAAGCUGACGGCUCACUUGGCUCAAUCUAGCGGAUCCAAACGCUUCGACGUCUUGAUUCUCGCUGACCUCCUUUUCAACCAUUCUGAACACGCCAAGCUUGUCAAGAGCAUUCAAGAUACCCUGGAGCAUUCUCCUACAGCCACGGCUUUUGUGGUGUUCACGCCAUACCGCCCCUGGCUGCUCCAAAAAGACCUGGCCUUCUUCGAUCUCGCUCGUGAGAGCGGCUUUACCGUCACUAAGAUUUUUGAGAACAUCAUGGACAAGGUCAUGUUUGAGGAAGAUCGUGGUGAUGAGCUUCUCAGGCGUACAGUCUAUGGCUAUGAGAUCAAAUGGGCGGACGCUUCUUGAUCUUCCUCCGAAAAACAAGCCAUGGCUAGGAUAACGACGAUGUAAAGGCUUGGUCUGACCAGCGUGCAAAGGAGAAGGGUAAGAGUGCAUGUUGAUUCGGCAGAGUGUCGACUGCAGUCCCUGAAGCAGGUCAAAAACGGCGACCGUUGGCCAACGCCCAAUUUGACUAUAAUCCUGCUGGCCAUUCCAGUGGUAAUUGUGACUUAAAAGUCAUGCGAGUAGGACCCCGCAAUACCAGGCCGCCUUGAAUAAUUAGGAUAAUGAGACAUCUACUACGAACGCCCUAGCUGUGGUCUUUAGCUGCGAUAAAGAGAGAAUGCUCUCCACGUUGAUGAGAUUGAGCGAAAGCAGAACCGAUAGCAGAACCCACAAGAUAGAGACUAUUUAUUGAAAACACUGCCG